UUUGACGAAUAUUUGACUCGGCGAGCUUAUAUAAUCGCUAUUAAAGUUACUAUUACAAGAUGUCAGUAUCUCAAGAAUACAACAGACUUGCCAAAUCACUUGUUUGGAGUGACCAAGAGUUUAGCUUAGUCGACUUUGUCAAACGGUACGAGCUACCCCAAGUUGUGUUAGUCCUAGUCGGUUAUUGUGGUGUUAAUGAACGGACCACUUUCGGUAGUGGUCAAAUUCUGACUCUACAUACUUUGCGUACGACCAGUAAAAUAGUAUGCCAAGUUCCUCGUAGUAAUGCAGUGGUGGUUCAUACAAGUUGCCCGCUUAAAGCUGAGGUGAUACCUAUGGACUGUAGGGACACGAUAGUGACCGCUCAUCAAUUGUCAACAACAUACCAGAAAAUCAAAUACGUUCGAGUUAUGGAAGUUGGCUCCACUUGGAAUAAUAAUUCGUUAGAUACUUUAAAAAUGAACGAUAUCCUACAGAUUAAAAAAAUCGACACCGAAAACUUCGUGAUACUAUGUAAAAACCUCACAACUGCACAGGAUGUGUCGAUUCUACUUUAUUCCACUGCCGUAUUUGUGCCAUUGUUGGACUCAAAAACCUACAACUUGGCUGAGAUUCAGAAAAAAUUCGGACUCCCGGCUAAGGUUCGCUUUUUGGAUAAAAGGGCAGAAAUUCAAAUGCGUUCAGUACCUGGAAAGAGAAAUGCUCCGAGGUCUUCGACUUAUUUGUCAGAUUUGGGUCAGAUGAUAGCCAUUGAAGAAAUACAAGAAAGAGACGUAAUUGUUACGACUGUGUGUUCCAACCUUGAAGAGAAGGUAAGUGUAUUUAGUAUUUUGUUCAAACUAAACUAACUUUAUUUAGUCCCAGUAAGGAUAAUAUUAUUGGUCCAGUGUUACUACAGAAAGAAACGGAAAAUAAACAAACUUUAUUUACACUGGAUAGCUCUAUAAGUUCUGAACACGUCUCCCUAGAGGUCCAGUGAGGACACCCCUAAAGGCAAUUUCCUGAAAGAUCAUUGAAAUAUCCUGGCGAGAUUGUACAAGAUCAUGGUACAAUAAUUUCGAGACCUUUGUGAAAUGUUGGCACGAUCAUGGCAAGGUCUUGGUAACAUUGUAAAUAAUAUCAUGGUACAAUCAUUGCGAGAUCUUGAUGAAUUCUUGGCAGGAUCAUGGCAAUAUCUCGGCAGCAUUGUAAUAAUAUCAUGGUACGAUCAUUGCGAGAUCUUGGUGAAAUCUUGGCAGGACCUGGCAAGAUCUCGGCAAGAUUGUAAUAAGAUCAUGGUACAAUCAUUGCGCGAUCUUGGUGAAAUCUUGGCGAGAUCUGGCAAGAUCUGGGCAAGAUUUUAACAAGAUAAUGACAACGUCGUCACAACAAUUAUUGCAAGAUCUUGGUGCGUGACAUCUUGGCAGGAUCAUGGCAAGUUUUGGUCAACCAUCUUGAGAGAAAUGUGUUCAAAUACUAUUACACUGCUCGAAGAUCUUGGGAAGAGAUUAGUAAGAUCAUGGCAAAAAUUUCAACUUGGUUACCACAGGAGGAAUUCAAACUUAAUAAACUUUAUUUAUAAUUGGUCAAGUAGGAAACAAUGCUAUGGCUGCUUAAAGUAAGGGGUGGGUUAUCAAACCUAUUGGUACUUUGAUGCCAGUGGCGUAGCCAGGAUUUCUGGCCAAGGGGAGGGGGCAAAAAAAUCAGGGGGGGGGGCACUUCAAACAAGAUGAAAACAGAAACUGAGAAGGAAACAAAGUACGUACACAUUGGCGCACCCAAUUAGUUUUGUUUAAUUGUAAAUUGAAUGAAAGGUAUAACAAUUUCACAAUCAGCCACUCAGCGACACAUUAACCAGUGCCGUAGGAAGCUCUUUUUGAUUGGGGGAGCAGGUCUGCAUAAUUUUGAAAAAAGAAUGAUUAUUAGCAACGAAAAAAGAAUGAUUAUUACCUACGACGGGAGAUUUGAGAUUUCCAAACACAGAUAAAUUUGAGCGUAGAAAUUUAGCGCGCGUGUUUUAACCAAGAAAAAAGGAAAAAGCCCUCGGUUGGUGUUUCAACCAUGCAGUCCAACUUUGAAUUUUGCCAGGGGGGACAAUAAUUUUGCCUGGGGGGCGGACCCCGGACCCCCUCCAGCUACGUCACUGUUUGAUGCACGAUUGGGUGAACCAGACUUUAUUUUAAAAGGAUUAAUUUUAAUAAUUUAGUCUAGUAGUUUUAGUCUAUUCAUCUCUUAGAUAGAACUUUCGAUUCCCACUAAUUAGCUAUGUAAAAAUCUGUAAACAUACCUAUUACAUUUUUUUGGCACACCCUGUAUAUUUCACUAAAUUUUAAUCAUUCUACCAUUUCUACCAUUCUACCAGCUAUGCCUGAAUGUUCCAACGACACUGGACAUCACAAUAACAGUGGCUGAGGGAUUUCUACGGGGUGAUGAAACCUACCAAAGAGUUGUUAAAACCCUAGACAAACAACUCAACCGCACAAAUCUCAGAGCUUUCGACAACUUGGACGUCUACGAACAUAUAGACGCGGUCAAAAAGACAAUGGAGGAAAUGGUAUUUGUUGAAGAAGCUUCAACGGAAAUCGUGGAACGUGCUCGCGAACAUCUGCAACGUGUUGAACGUAAAAAGCCUAAGAAAUGGUCCUCGUUUGAAAGGCCACCAAAUCAUCCGCCCAGGCAACAAGAAAGUGCAAAACAAAAGGUAACUAGAGAUCACUCGGAGAUGCAAACCUCCGCCAGCGAAUUAUGUUAUGUAUCAUGAAUAAAUUAUACAAUGGGCCAAUCACGUAUUCAGUUUAUUUUACAAGACAAACGUUUGCUAAUUUCUCAUGCAAUUUUCAGUCUUGUAAAUAUAAGAUAGUAUUAAAUAUAGCCAUAUCCUUUAACCAACCAACCAACCAACCAACCAACCAACCAACCAACCAACCAACCAACCAACCAACCAACCAACCAACCAACCAACCAACCAACCAACCAAGAAACUGCAUUAACUAAUUAUAAAAUAACUACCAAGCAUUUUGCAAAUAUUGUUAAUAUGCAUGUUUGUUUGAGGAAAUUGGUUAGUUGGUUAUCGUAUAUACUGUAUAUUGUAAAUGGUAAAUUGUAGGAAAACUAGUUAAAAAUGUUGGCUCUUAACGAAAAUUACUUACAGUAUAUCAUCUAAUGAAAUACUAUACGCUUUCAGCUUUCUAUUAUUUAUUUUUGCAAGGCAACUCCUGAACGACUGGCAAAAGCAGGACAGAAACCAGACUCCAAACAAAACAAAACUGAUAAGAAAACGAAGAAUAUAAAAUCGAAGUCCCCAUACAGCACUCUGGAAUGGAAACAAAGCAGUAACAAGACUCCCUCAAAUGAAAGCCUCUCAAGAGGACACAAGUAUGAAAAGCCCAUUGAGCGACCAGAGGAAAAUUAUGAUCGCAUUGAUCACAUCUAUGAAGAAACGGGAUCUCAAAAUUCAGAUUCUGAUCAUGAGGAUAAUAACUACACAAAGUUGGAUACCACAUACACAACAGUAAACCCACGACUUUAUGAAAAAUAUAUAACAGAGGCACCUAAAGUCAAAGAGGUAAGUUCACUAACACUACCAUCAAAAUUAAUAACUUCUUGAGUGUGAAUGUUAGCUAAGCACGUUUUAUCCCCUCAUUCACAUUUUAUCCCCUAAUCCGCAUUGUAUCCCCUAUUAUUCACAGGCAAAUUUCGGAAGGAAUUAGAGAGGCCACUAAUAACCAAUUUCUCUCUUGGCAAUAUUUUUUUCCUACCGAUCACCAGAAACCUUAAGAACCUCUUCUGACAUACCAACACCACAGAACACCACAGCAGAUUUGUGGUGGUCACACCACCAUUGGCUUCACCUAAUCUCUGCAGUCUAGACAGAAAUCUCUAUACUUACUGAAUAAUAUUAUUUCUACACACAGACUACCACCCUACCAUCAAUACAGAGCAUUCCCCUACCAUCAACACCACAGACCACCAAACCACCAUUACCAAUCAAGCCACCACCCCAAACUCAAGAAGACAAGCAAGCAAUCUAUGAAGCAAUUUCUCGAUUUCCUCAAGACCUAUCAGGCCUAGGUGUCGCAGACGUUAGUAGACUGCUUGGGUAUUUAAAUUUGAGUGACUACGUGCAGACAUUUGAAAAUGAAUUGAUUGAUGGAACGAUGUUGGUCAGCAUGGACCAAGAAUCGUUAGAGUCGUUGGGCGUGAAACAAUUUCAUUGCAAGAAAGUGUUGGACUUUAUCGGUGGUUGGCGUCCGAGAGCUUAAUGUAUAAAAAUAUGAAUUUUAUCUUGGAGUUGUUGGACAAUCUGUUUCAUUUUGCUUAUUCUCAUUGCCAUUCAAUAACUUGCCACUACCUUUGAGUUUUGAGGAGAGCAUGAAGUACAGUAAUACAAAAAAGGCUUUAUUUAUUGAUUUAUUUUGGUGUUAUAUAAAACAAAUAAGUG